CGGGAGUCGCGCAACAGGUUUCCUUCCCCAUCGCGGCGCCCACGGGGGACGCGCGCCCUGCGCGGAGAGAGGCUUCUCAGUUCGCGCUCUCUUUCCGGGUCCAGGCAAAAUGAAAGACCGGCUAGCAGAACUUCUGGACUUGUCCAAGCAAUAUGACCAGCAGUUCCCAGACGGGGACGAUGAAUUUGACUCGCCCCACGAGGACAUCGUGUUCGAGACGGACCACAUCCUGGAGUCCCUGUACCGAGACAUCCAGGACAUCCAGGAUGAAAACCAGUUGCUGGUGGCCGACGUGAAGCGCCUGGGAAAGCAGAACGCCCGCUUCCUCACGUCCAUGCGGCGCCUCAGCAGCAUCAAGCGCGACACCAACUCCAUCGCCAAGGCCAUCAAGGCCCGGGGCGAGGUCAUCCACUGCAAGCUACGCGCCAUGAAGGAGCUGAGCGAGGUCGCCGAGGCCCAGCACGGCCCGCACUCAGCGGUGGCGCGCAUCUCGCGGGCGCAGUACAACGCGCUCACCCUCACCUUCCAGCGCGCCAUGCACGACUACAACCAGGCCGAGAUGAAGCAGCGCGACAACUGCAAGAUCCGCAUCCAGCGCCAGCUGGAGAUCAUGGGGAAGGACGUCUCGGGCGACCAGAUCGAGGACAUGUUCGAGCAGGGCAAGUGGGAUAUGUUCUCCGAGAACCUGCUGGCCGAUGUAAAAGGCGCGCGGGCCGCCCUUAACGAGAUCGAGAGCCGCCACCGCGAGCUGCUGCGCCUGGAGAGCCGCAUCCGCGACGUGCACGAGCUCUUCUUGCAGAUGGCAGUGCUGGUGGAGAAGCAGGCCGACACCCUGAACGUCAUCGAGCUCAACGUACAAAAGACGGUCGACUACACCGGCCAGGCCAAGGCGCAGGUGCGGAAGGCCGUGCAGUACAAGAAAAAGAACCCCUGCCGGACCCUCUGCUGCUUCUGCUGUCCCUGCCUCAAGUAGCAGGCCGGCCAGGGCCGCCACCGCCCAUCCCAGACCAUGGAGCACGCUGGGAAGGACGCACCAUCUCUGCCCUGCAGGGAGUUGCCCCAACUCUUUCCGGAAUUCAGUCUUUAGAGAAGAAACGUGAGGUUCAAGAAUUGCAAACAAGCCCGUGCUUGGAAAGAUGGUUAGUUGAUGCCGUCCGAUGGUUCUUCAGUAAAGAUAGAUUCCUACAAAGUUGUGCAAUGUCAUUAUAUGUCACCUUGCACUCUUAGCCUCUAGACAGAAGCCAAGUAAGGAACUGACGCUGUAUCUAACUGUAGGGUGAAUGUCUGAGGCCUGCCUCCUAAUAAAGAUUCAAGGAAGGAGUCAGUUGUUCAUCUGCUAAUAGAAUGAACUCAUGAUGGAAACUUCAGUUCAUUUGCUUUGUCCUGAAAAUUCCCUGGUUCUGUUCCAUUCUGAGCGAAAUUGGCCUUGGGAAAAACCACGUUCUUCCUUUCCGAUUCUUCAUCCGGUCUGUGCUAUGCGAUUCCUCCCCAAAUAUGGAUCUUAUUUCUGCUCAUUUCCCCUACUUAUUAAAAUCACACCAAACACUUACUAUUUUCUUAUCUCUUUCACUUUUUAAAUAUCUUUCACCAGGUUAUAUUUUGGGAUUAUUUUUCCAAAUAUUUUUAAGCCCUGAAUCGAACAAGCACUCAAAUUGAAGUAUUAGUCAUGUUUUAUGUAUUUUUCACUGAUAAAAAUUAUUUAACAUUUUUCUUUUUACUUGAUUACAUAUGCACAUGUAUUUGUAAAUGUAAAAUACUAAUAUUCACUAAUGUAUGUACAUAAUGAUCAAUUGGUUUAACUUCUUUUAUGUAAGUAUGGUAUAUAAAUUUCAAGAAGAACACUUUUUUGGCUGUUGGUGUUGGUUUGCUUGUUUUGAGUUUGUUUCACUCCAGUUUGCCCCUUCAUAGUCCAGUUUGGGUCAAAACUUCAUGUUAAACAACUCUGCAUUGGUUAUGGCGGUAGACAUAUGACGGUAGAAAAUGUAUACAGAGCUAGAGACAACUAACAUUCUUGGAAAUACUGCUUUUGUUUUACUGUGGACCAUUCCUUUCAUGCAUUGAAAUGGAGAAAUUUAAAGUAAAAGAAUUCUGUUUUUCAAGCAAGCUUAAUAAACAUUACAUUAUACAUAUAUUUUUAUACAUCUGUCUUGAUCAUUUAGUUUACUUUCUCAAUUAUUGUCAAAAUUUUUCUUUUUCCUUUUUUUUUUCUUUUUUGAGAUGGAGUCUCACUCUGUUGCCUCUGGAGUGCAGUGGCGGGACCUCGGCUCACUGCAACCUCUGCCUCCCAGGUUCAAGCAAUUCUCCUGACUCAGCCUCCGGAGUAGCUGGGACUACGGGCGCAUGCCACCAUGCCUGACUAAUUUUUUCUGUUUUUAGUAGAGACAGUGUUUCACCAUGUUAGCCAGGAUGGUUUUGAUCUCCUGACCUCGUGAUCCGCCCGCAUCAGCCUCUCAAAGUGCUGGGAUUACAGGCGUGAGCCACAGUUCCUGACCUUUUUUUUUUUUCGCUUUUGAGACAGGGUCUCCCUUUGUCACCCAGGCUGAAGUGCAGUGGCAUAAUCAUGGCUUACUGCAUUCUUAACCUCCCAGGCUCAAGUGAUACUCGCACCUCAGCCUGCAAAUAGCUGAGACUACAGGUAUGUGCCACCAUGCCUGGCUAAUUUUUGUAUUUUCUGUAGACACAGGGUUUGCCAUGUUGUCCAGGCUGGCCUCAAACUUGCGAGCUUGAGCAACCCGCCCACGUUGGCCUCCCAAAGUGCUGAGACUACAGGCCUGAGCCACUGCUUCUGGCCAAAUUUUUUUCUUCUAGCUACUUGAGGCUGCCACAUCUGGAUGGAACUGAGUGGAGGGGGAAAGAAUGAAAAACUCAAAAGAGUUCCCAUGAGGGUGUCUUGCUUUCUCUCCUGAGUUACAAUACUUCAGCAAAAUCAUCAAGCUUUAGAGAUAUGGUGUAGUCUGCUAACUUUUUAAUGCCCUUACCCACAUUUACCAUGUUUCCUGGCCUUCCUCUGUGUCAACUCUUAGCUCUUCCUAAUCAUUAUUUAAUACACGAGUGAGUUUAGUAGUGAUCAUAUUUCUCAGGUCCUUCAGAAGGUGGAAUUUUAAAAUAAGUAGAAGGAAGAGUAUAUGAAUUCUUUGGCGCUCACUCCCUGACUUGCUUAUGGCCAGGACAAUCUAUCCCCUGUAUCUAAUUUUAAUUUCAUGGUUAAAUUUGAGAAUUGUGGAAACCAAGUUCCACAAUGCUAUUCUCAGAUUUCUUCCCAUUUCUUUUUCAGCUAACUCCAGGGAUAUGUAUCACCUUUGACUUAAUUCCCUUUCUCUAAGGGAAAGGGGAAAAAGUGUUCACAUAGUUCCAUUGCAAUGUUUUUUUUAUUGGGGGGGGGUUUUUUUAAUUGGGGCUUGCCGGCCGUUUUCCCCAAAAAAAAAAUUGAGUUCAUAAAUUUGACUUGUUUGAACCCAUAAAGCAUUUUCUUUGCUUAGAACCACUAUAAAAGUGAGUGAGUUUUCAGGCUCUGUAUACGUUUUAAUUCCCCACGUUUUAUAUUGGAGAGUUCAGUACAGACUGUACAUCACUGCACCAAAAGAAUGAGUGAACUGUUGCCUAUGGAGAAGGAACACUUCUUCUUCCUGCUGUCUGGGAACCAUCUCAGUGUGGCAUAAUGGUUAAGAGUACAGAUUCCAGACCCUGUUUCUUAGGUUUAAAUCUUGACUCUGCCACAUACUAGCUGUCUGACUUAACCUUAGUUUCUCCGUGCUUCAGUUUCUUCAUCUGUAAAAUGGAGAUAAUAGUACUUACCUCAUAGAGCUGUUGUGAAAAGUAAUGACUGAAUAUGUAAAAGCACUUAGAACAGUGCCUGGCACAUGCUAAGUGCUUUGUUCAUUAUUGUUGUUCUUAUGUAAUUUUCUCUUAGACUGAGAGCACUGUUAGUGACUCAAGUAAAUUUAUAGUUUUUAAGUUCAGAGGAAAAAAAGCCUUAUUUUUUGUUAACAGUCUUAACAAAUAAUAACAUGGAAUAAAGAAACCAA